GAGGGAGGGAGGGAAGGAGAGAGGGAGGGAGAGGGAGAGCUGUGACUGGCGGCCCGCGGGGGAAGGAUGAGAUACCAUGAGCCAGAGGGAUCCUUUGGUGCAUCUGUUCGCUGGCGGCUGUGGGGGUACAGUUGGAGCCAUUUUAACAUGCCCGCUGGAAGUAGUGAAAACAAGGUUGCAGUCCUCCUCAGUCACACUAUACAUCCCAGAGAUGCACCUUAGUACUGUACAUGGGCCUCGUGUGAAUCGGGUGGCCCGUGUCUCUCCCAGCCCUCUACAUUGUUUAAAGGUGAUUCUGGAAAAAGAAGGUCCCCGUUCUCUUUUCCGGGGGUUGGGUCCUAACCUGAUAGGUGUGGCGCCAUCUAGAGCGAUUUACUUUGCUGCUUACUCCAGUGCUAAGGAAAAAUUGAACACUGUCUUUGAGCCCGAUUCCAACCAGGUGCAUAUGGUUUCAGCUGGAGUGGCAGGCUUUACUGCUAUUACAGCCACCAAUCCCAUCUGGCUGAUAAAGACUCGUUUGCAGCUGGAUGCAAGGACCCGAGGAGAAAGGCAAUUGAAUGCAUUUGAAUGUAUCCAAAAAGUAUAUCGCACUGAUGGCAUUCGAGGCUUCUACAGGGGAAUGUCUGCUUCAUACGCAGGCAUCUCUGAGACUGUGAUUCAUUUUGUAAUUUAUGAAAGCAUAAAGCGAAAACUUGUGCAAUCAAAAUCAGCUUCAAACAUGGACUCUGAAGAAGAUACUGUAAAAGAUGCCUCUGACUUUCUUGGCUUAAUGCUAGCUGCUGCCACGUCAAAAACAUGUGCCACCACUAUGGCGUAUCCGCACGAGGUUAUACGAACUAGGCUACGAGAAGAAGGCACAAAAUACAAAUCUUUUUUCCAGACGUUCUCAUUAGUACUAAAUGAAGAAGGUUUCAGAUCACUUUACCGUGGUCUUAUCACUCAUCUGGCCAGGCAGAUUCCGAAUACCGCAAUCAUGAUGGCCACCUAUGAGCUUGUAGUCUACCUGCUCGACGGAUAAUGAAGAUGCUGUCACAAUGUGAGAAGAUGGGAGACCAAAGGAUUUCACUGGACCAGCAAAUCCCAAAUAGACUUUGGCGCUGAGAGAUAAAUCAGUUGUGAAGAAAUAAGCUGCUGUUCGGAAGAUCAGGAAUGUUUGAUUCCUGAGGAAAGCCUGUUCUGAUCUGGGGCCAUGUUCAGUCUUUAUGGAAAUGAUAACACAGAGAGCGAAAUCACUUCGAGGGGAGCACUUGGAACAAAUGGUUUAUAUUUUAAAUUAUCUUAGUUCAAUGGUUUAUGAGCUCCAUACUUCACUAUAGUUUCAGGGCUAUGAAAGUUAAUAUCGUUUGGAGGGAAUUCAAUGCUUUUGAAUACUUCUGAACAUUGCCAUGUAAACACUAAUGUUUUUUUUCCCCAAUUCCAGUUGAAAAACUCCACUUUUGCUGAUCUACAUCAAACUUCAGUAAUUGUAAGAAUCGAUUUAAGUCGUAGGGAGGGAUCAUCGCAAGUCACCUUUUGCAAUGAAAUGAAUCGUUCAGAUCUUAAAAGCAUUGAAGUCCGUAGAAUACAACAUCACAGUACUUAGUUACUGAGUUUAUUUUACAAUUGGGAAUAAGCAAAGUGCAUCUCACAAUAAUGCACUGCUUCAAGUCCUGGGAUAAGACCUAAGAAACAAAAGUCAAUGUAAUUUCCCAAUGUAAUCACUUUCAGCAGUAAAUCUGUUGUGCACCAAUCUCUUUAAUACCAAUUAGCACUGCAGUGUCAGUUACAGUUUCUAAAGUACAUCUUUCAUACUGAUUACUGAAAAUGCACAUAAUUUGUUUAGACUCCUGAAACAUGAAAGUAGGAGAUAAUUUAAGAUCGCUUUGUUAAUUGUUCCCCUCAAAAGCUGCAGUGUACUUUUUGAGGCAUGUAAAGGCUGUACUAAGAACUGUAUGACAAGUAGAAAAACCUGUUGCAGGAAUGAUGACAGUUUGAUGCUAACGGUUGUACAAUCAGCCUAUGAGUGCCUACAAAAAGGAUACUGAUAUUUUAUAGGUGAAGCAGUUUUGGAAAAAAAAGAUAAUCCAGUAUAUGUUACAAAUGUGAAUUUUAUGCUGAAGCUAGUGGCUUUGUUUAGAAUAUUUCCUCAAGCACUUUGUGGCCUUUCUACCUUGUGGAUUUUGUUUUUGUACCAAUGUUUUCAAUUCAUAAAACGUUUUAAUCGUAUUGAACAGGAAAUAUACUUUAAACAACUUUCAAACAAAAGCCCUGAUACUGUUAGUUUCCACACGAUGCAGGACUAAACAUGUGAAAGAGUGCAUUAUUCGGUGUAAAAGUGCAUCUAGAGUCAUGAACUGUAUUGUUUUCAUUGAUAUAUUUUUAGAUUUUGUUACUACAACGGUAUACUAUCAAUUAUUUACAGCUUUCAUUCUUUGCAUUUGUUGAAACCUACUGAACAAAAUGUUUACUUUGUUUUUGUUUUCUAAAACAUUGUUUUGCAUUGGUACUUCCUUAGAUCAUAGUGUGGAAUUCAGACUUUGCUGCAUUUACAAUGACAAAGCUAUCUUUGUCUUUCCAUAUUCUGGUUGAGAUGCAAGUUGUUGUUGAGGAGGUAAAGGAAGGUUGGACAGUACACUUUUGCUUAUCCACACUACUAUGCAUCAAACCAAUUUGGCUCAAAUAAUUGGAUUUUCGGGUAACUAGAAGGUGAAAACCAAAGUAUUAUGCUGAGCUUGGACAUUUUGACAAUUUUCAAAGAAAUUUCAAAGGACUUUUGGUGAAUAUGAAUGCACUGUGUACAAAUACAAAUUAAAUAACUGAAGGAUGUGUUACGCGCCAUUUGUUUACAUCUCUCUGAAAAUCUUUCACCGCACAGUUAAUAGAAGUAUUAGUGCAUUUAGCACAUUGUAGUAAGACAGCAGAAUCGUAUCAUAGAAAACAAAACUGCAGUGGAGUAUUGAUGUGAUUUUACAAUUUAGUCAGCUGCGUCAAUUUGCAAUCAUAAAUUUGCCUUCAAAAAUCUUAACCAUACUGAAUAUCAAAAAUGCACAAAAGUCAUAAACGGCUGAUUCUUUUUAUUCUAUAAAAAAAAUUUAAAUAGUUGUUUCACCUAACUGAGCACGUCAUGUCCCAGAAGAAACUCGUCUGCAUUUAGGCUGGGAUUACGCAGCUUAAUAAUUGUCCAACCAUUCGACAUUUGAGUUUGCAAUGAUACCAAUAAUUAAAUUGUUCUUGGCUGGUCACUCAAACGUAUGACAUAAUUUGAUAUCCUACUUGAAGUGAGUAUGCUGAUAACAUAAAAGUGUGCAAUAACAUUGCUGUUAAAUUCCAGUCCGAAUGUGUUCUUGAUCUUUUUUGCAUUAUGCAUCUUUGGACGCAAAAAAUGUACUUUGUUCAAGAUCAUUAACUCGUUAAAAUUUCAUUGUGCUUUGAAUGCUUUUGCGUUGCAAAGGAUUAAAAAUUGAACUUUAGCAAGUGCUACUGCAAUUUCAUUUGUAAGCAUUGUACUGUAUAUGGUUAAUAUUGCAUGCCUGGAUAACUGACUAUAUUGUCCUGUGAAGGAAAAUAAGUAUUCAAAAGAAAAUAUAUUCAGAGUUUUGUGCCUAGAUCCUUUAUGCAACAACAUUCACUCUGGCUCAGCAAUAUUUGUUCUGAUUUGGUUAAAGAUAGAGCUUGGAAUUUCUAUAUACUUGGCUCUGGUACAGCUUCUCCGGGGUUGAUGUCAAUCAAAAUUCAGGAUCGAGGCGAAUUGUACAUGGGGAAGAACUUAUUGUACAGUGCCUAAAUUACUAUUCUCUAGUGCCUAAAUGCCUUUCUGAAUUUGGUCUGAGAGCAUUGAAGUGAUGUCUAAGUUUAUUACUAAGUAAUGUCUCUUACAUCUUGAUCCAGGUGAACUCAAGUAGAUGAAUGUUAAUAUGGAUUUGUUUUUAUCAGUUUAUUUGUUUCAUUCAGAAUAAUUGUGAAAAUAAUUUAAGACCAAGUUAAACUGUUAAACAAUUAGGAAUUCUCUCAUGUUCCCAAAAAAUGGUCAUUAUUUUUGCAAUGAAAAGCAAUGUAUUUUUGCAGAGAAAUGUAACUUGGUUUUUGUGGGGGAGGAGGAGGUGGAGGAGAAAAGGAUAUUCUUGAGAAGUCACUGGUCCAUUCAGAGCUCAAUCCAGUUCAGGAUUUGGUUCCAUUGAAAUGUUAUCUAUUCAAAGCAUAAAGGUGUAAUGGAUUUGCUCUGGAUGCAAAGUGGAUAGUGAGGAUGGGCAACAAACUGGAGGAUGAACGAUAGAUGCAUAAAGAUUUUUGUUUGGGCACAUCACAUUUCAGCUAAUUUAUCCAAUGUUUGGAAAACCGAUUUAAAACAUCUGAAGCAAAAUUUCUGAAGGCAAUGACUUGUUCUGUGCAGAGUUUCUCCGGGACCUUGCCCAAGUGCCCUUUCAUCAUGCUUGAUCUUGGAGAGUGAGUGUUAGUGUCCAAUUCAACUUAUUUGCAUGUGAGGAGUUCUGCCUUUUCCUCAUUUGGUACCCAAUGCUGCACAUCUCAAGAAGCUUUGACCGGUUUCUGAUCUUCGUCUCCUGUGUAGCUCAGCACAUGGGCUAGGUGUAGGACCCCACACCAUUGUUUGGCUCAAUACCUCACAGCUGGGUGAAUAUGCCCACUAAAUUACCAAGAGAAAAUGCCCAAUGUUAAGAAACUUAUCAGCGAGAAUAAACAUCACUUGAUUUGAAAAGUGCCUUUGUCGGCAAAGUGGGGAAUUAUAGAUUACUUUGAAGUAUCUGAAUAUUGAAAUCCAUGUACUGUGUGGUUUGCAUUUUAUUUAACUUGGUUAUCUAAAUUGGAGGAACAAUGCAAAUUAUUGAGCUACUUUUAUGAGGACCUUGACAGGUGACUUUCUUAAAUAAUAUCCACAAGAAGACUUGUUUUAGGUAAAAUAUUAAAAUGAUGUCUGUUUAUUAAUACGCUUCAAUCUCAUAAAGCUUCUUGUGUCAGGUAAUCUCACGUAAAUGUUUACAAGAUGAACGUUUCCAUUGUUUAAGGGUAUUUAUACAGUUUAUUCAUCAAAUUGUAAUUCGAAUAUGAUCACUGCUUAUGUGGUUAGAAAACAAAAUGCUUUUUUGAUGCUACAAUGACUUGAAACCGGAUCUUAAUGGAGGUUAUGACAACUAUUUUAAAACGUUUUUCACAAUCAAAAGUCUUUUGGUGGAGGUAGUAUAUCCAAACUUUUUAAUGAUGAAUAGAAUUGAUCUUUUGUUUCCCUUCAUCUUUUUUACGUAGUUAAUCAUACUUUUUGAUGAACUUGUGUGUAAAAUUCGGUUUACUAUUGGACCUCAAGAACCAGUCAUUCAAAGACGAGGCAAUUCAAAGACAAGGCAACUAAUUAUAAUUGCUGAGACGUGUACUCUGAAAAGAUGUGUUUGUGCAAUCAAUUUGAAAAGUGCCCUUGUUGGCAAACCGCUGCUGAAACUAUUCAGACCAUUUGGUAUUUUAGACCAAAUGUUAUCACAUUGAGCGUAAUUAUGAAAUUUUGACAAUGGUAGGAUAGCUUAGUCGCUAUGGCUGAAAACUCAUGAUUGAUUAUGUUUUUGGCCUGAUUGGGUAUUUCUUGCCUGUGAUGAGCCUGGCUACCACAUUAAGAUCUAGACAGUGGUUGUAAGUUAUAUUCCAGAUAUAGCAAAAUGCAACCCAAUGUAUAGAAGUCACCUAAUCACAGAUCAUUGAUUACACAGUACCAGUGAAGUUGAAUGCAACAUUAUGCUGCUCCAACUGAAUGGGAAAGUAUUACAACUUGGAUGAAAACAAGCUUGACAUGAACAAAGGAAGCUUGAAAGAAUUGUAUUUCCUUGUCCAAGACUGUCCCAAUUACCGAGUUAAGAGCUAAUUUUUGCAACUUUUUUAGCUCAAGCCAUUGUCGGAAAUGGCUUUAAAUUACAUGAAAGGAAUUAAUUGCAUCAAACAGCUCAUUGAAGGCCAUAUCCAUGUCCUAUUUUUUUCUUUCUUUUACUAAAAUUUGUAGUUAAAUCUUUUACAAUCUUUGGAAAAUUUGUUUUUCCUAAUUAUCUCAACACGAUUGAUGUGAUAGAUUUCUGAAUGUUUGUAGAGCGGUCAAAUAAUUUUUAAGUAUCAAUGCAUAUGAGGCAUAUUUUCGCUGUAAAGAAUUUUCACAGUGCAAUAUUGAAUAUUUCAGUAUGACUUUUGCAGAAAAAUUCUUAACACGUAUUUAAUACUCAAACAUUUUGUGAAUUGAGAGCAGUUAUACUUGAGUUCUAUUUGGAUGAUGUUUCUUUAGUGGAGAUUGUACUGGUUUUAUGUUCCUGAUAUUGAUUAAGACCUGUUCUGUUAUUGAGUAAUAAAUGGAAUUUCACAUAGCUAUUUUAAAACGUCAGGAUUUGCACAGAAAAACUUCAUUGCCAGACUACAGAGCCUAUAAAUAAUCUGAAUAUAGAUAUUGAAUACAACCAAGAUAAAAUGCUCCAAUUUUAUUCAGUUCCACUCAUUUCACCACAGUACGCAAGAGCAAAAAUAAAUUUCUAUAGCAAGGACCUUUUUUAAGACUUUCAUUAUUACAAGAAUUUGGACUUCAAUUAAAGAGUUUUGUUUUUUUCUAUAAAGCACCAUGUCCUGUUUCAGUAUUUGUUCAUAUGUUUACAAGUAGAGAGCUUACACCUUACACAAGGAGAGACCUUACACUCGAGAGCUUACACAAGUAGAAAGCUUACACCUUUAAGCAUGCAAACACCUUUAAUAAUCGAGAGCAAGACCAAAAUCUAUUAAACUCAUAGUGUAUUUCACCAAUUGUUUCAACAUUGUAAAACCUUUGGAAACGUCCAAACAGUGAAUGGAAUUUUCCCUGUUAUUAAUAAACACGAAGUGGGGAAAAUUCAAUCCAUUAUUUUGCAGCUUUGCUAUUGGUGCAACUGCUAACCUUAAAUAUUCUAAAAUAUUAACAUUUGCUUUCCUGCCUCAGUUGCAACCUCCCUACAAAUUGCUCUUUGGAGUUUCGUGAAGGUGAAGCUUAUGUCCACAAUUUGCACCAGAUCCAAGAAAAAAACAUUAAUUUUAUCUGAUUUAAUAUGUCAAGUGUUGAAUUGUGAGAGUGGUCUAUAUGUGUUUGUAGCUUUUUAUAUAAUAUAUACUUGAUAUAGGGAUAGAAAAAGACUGAAGGACCAAAAUGGUUUUGUCUUGCUGUAUCACUUGCUUAGACCUAUAACAUUUUACAUUACGUAAUGAGAUACCUCCAGCUAUGAGGGCUUACCAUUUUGAGUUGCCCAUAAGAUUUCAGCGUGCAAAAACAGGCUCCCAGGUUCCUCAGCUGCAAUUUUUUUUUAAUCUGCGAAGCAGUUAUUUGUAUUAUGCAUAUUUUAGCUUUAAAAUAUUGGAACCCAUUACAACGAUGUGACCUAGUGGAAGAAUUUAUUACUAAUUUGGCAGCUUGCAUUGGUGCACUAAUAAACCAACGGACUAAUUUUCAUUUCUUUGACUAUAUAGCAGUUACUACUUUACGCAUAUUUUGUGAAUGUUGUGAAAUGUGAAUAAAAUUGAAAAUAUA